GGUUAGCAACGCCAUUUCCAGAGUAGAAAGAAUAAUAAUGACAACACAAAAACAUAGAAUGUGUACCAAAACUACAAAAACCCUUUUAAACCUGUCCACAUUGUGUUCCCAUUUCACUCUGUCCCAAACUCUGCCUUCUCUCUUUCUUUCCUGUCCUGUUUCUCAACAUCCCAUGAAAUGAAUUCUUAGUAAACACAUCUUCUUUCUUCUAAUAAAAGAACUCAAGAAUUCUACAUAAUAUAAACUAUGGAAUUGGAUGAAUUACGUUCAAUCUUGAAUAAUUCUAGUGUGGAUUUGUGGGAUUUAAUUGACACAGCCAUUUCUGUAGCCAUUCUUGAUCAUGGAAAAGAGCUUCGUAGCCGAAGAGACGGCAUUGUUGAGAAAAUCUACAAUUGUAAUUCUGAUGGAAAUUAUGAAAUCCCACAAAGCUUGAUAUAUAACAGAAAUACUGAGAGCAAUAUUGAUGAUCAUAAAUUAAAAAGAGAGGAAAAGAGUGUAGAAUAUGAAGAUUUAGAGAGCAAAAUCCUCACAAUCAAGAAUCAUUUUGAAAUCCCAAAUCAGUCUGACAAUUGCUUGGUUGAUCUGCUUCAAAGUCUUGCUGAAAUGGACAUUAGUUUCAAGGUUCUUGAGAAAACAGAUAUUGGAAGGCAUGUAAAUAGACUGCGAAAGCAUUCAUCAAAUGAAGUAAGAAGGCUUGUUAAACUGCUUAUCAGGAGAUGGAAGGAUAUUGUUGAUGAAUGGGUGAGAUUGAAUACACCAGUGGAAGAAACAGGUGGUGCAGACACUCCUUUUCAACCCCACUUGAACAACUUUCAAGGUGAUUUGAAAGAGAGAGAAUCCCUUUAUGGAAAUAUUUCAAACGGCUCAUCAUCUUAUUGCGGUCAUAAGCAGAGCGUAGAGAAGAACAUUAUUAGUCUAUCGUCAAAACGCCUACGUGAGGAUUACCUAGAAGAAAAUCAUGCCAAAAUACGAAGGACAAGAGAAGUGGACCUUCAAGACGUACGCAAACCAAAAAAAUCAGUGGUUGCUAACAGCAUUUCUGGAUUUCAAGCAAAAUACUGGUAGACAAUCCCUAUUAUAUAGACUGCAACGUACUAGGCUGUGAAGACACAUAUACUCGAUGCAUUGGGAGAAAGCAAAGAGGAAAGAUAUAACAAAUGACACAUAAUAGUGCCAAGUUCUUUGAGGCUAUAAUUGGUGUCAUGUAAUUUUGUCACCAGCCAUGGGCACAUGCAAUGGACUGAGUUAAGUCACAUGACUUUGACUAUGAGAAAAAAGAAGUAUGAAGACUUGUGGGGAUAGUAAUAAGUACAAUUAUGGCCGAUUGGUUAGGGCUAGAAAUUAGUUUGGUCUCCAGCCAUGUGAUGCGCAUUAGUUGAAUAGUGAAGAAUAUUGCUGUGCUUUCAUGACUAGAUGCACUGCUCUUCUUUCUGUGGACUAGCUAGAAGAUAAUAUACAUAUAGCUGCUUUGUAGAUAUAGCCUAUAGGGGAAGAGGGAUAAUAUGGAAGCCACUUCACUAUGCAAGUGUACAUAUUUUAUAAAUUUAUGGGCUUUAGGCUUUAGCUUUAUAACUUUUUCGUGGAACCUAGCUUGUUCCUGAUUAGGACGAGUAGUUAUUUCUAUUUGAAAAUAUAUGGUGGUCUUGUUUAGCAUCUGCUU